AUGAAGUUUGAAGACAUCGUGAAGCUCCUUGGUGACUUUGGCCCCUACCAGAAGAGGCUUUACUUCCUGCUAUGUAUCCCAAUGAUAUCAUUCGGUGUGCAGACAAUGAUGACAGUCUUCACACUGGGUGUGCCAGAACACAGGUGUGCUCUGCCUGACUGGGACAACGACACGUACGCCAUUCAGGGGGAACAACAUGCGCGCGCCGUCAACGCAGCCAUUCCUUUAUCCAAUGAAGGGACACAACUCUACUCUUCCUGUUUUAUUAACAAUAUCAUCAAUGACACAAAUGGCGAUGGUGUUUACACAAAUACUUCAAGGAAAUGUGAAAAAUGGGUCUACGACAAGGAUAUGUUUAGUUCAACUAUUGUUACAAAGUUUGGAUGGGUAUGCGACUCUGAGCUGACACGGACCCAUGCCCAGAUGAUCUUUAUGCUUGGACUACUUGUUGGAAGUGUGUUGUUGUUGUCCCCGGCAGAUUUCAUCGGAAGGAAGAAGAUGUUUAUGGGAUCGGUCAUCCUACACAUUGUGUCCGCCAUCUCCAUAGCCUUUGUCCCCAACUUCGCCAUCCUCGGUCUUCUGUACUGCAUCAACGGGAUGUCCGGCAUCGCCAUCUGGGGCAACGCCUUUGUCGUAGGCGUGGAGCUGGUUGGACCUUCAAAACGAGUAUACACGGGCAUGGUAUGUGAGUUUUUCUGGACAUGCGGUUCAUUCGUAACAGCAACUCUUGCAUACUUUGUACGAGAUUGGCAGCGCCUCCAGCUGAUAGUUUCUGUGCCAACGGUCUUGUUUGUGGUAUAUCACUGGUUCAUGCCGGAGUCUCCACGCUGGCUGAUCAGUAAGAAGAAAUAUGAAGACGCGGACCGGAUAUUACGUCACGCUGCCAAGGUCAACAAGACGAACUUGCCCUCAGACAUAUUCAGCGGAGACAUGUUAGGACUGACGACGGAGGAACCGCUGCGCUUGAUAUUCACACAUCCCACUUUAGUUUUGCGGAGCCUGGCUGUGUUUUUCAACUGGUUCGUUGUCACUAUCGGCUUCUAUGGCCUGGGCCUGAAUGUGGCCAAUCUUGGUGGAAGUGUCUACACAAACUUCUUCAUUUCAUCCGCCACUGAGCUUGUGGGCCACAUUGCCAGCCUUCUUCUCCUUGACCGCAUUGGGAGGAAGUCUUUUCUUUGCACUACAAUGAUCCUUGGCGGGGUGUGCUGCACAGCUACAAUUCUUCCUGUGCUGUUUGGUGAUGUGUGUAAGCCUUAUUUAUAUUAA